UUUACCAAAUUAACUCUCUUUUUUCUUAUUUAAAAAUAUUUUAAAUAAAUAAGGGUUGCUUAUUCUUUUCUUUAAGAAAAUUAUUCCAUCUUUUAUUUUAGAUUAGAUUUUUUCUGACGUGGCAUGUACCAUAAAGGGUGGAAUGAUGAACACCAAAACGAUGCGGUUACCACCACGUCGGGUUUCCAUGCCCUCCAACAAGCGCAAAGAGAGAGAUGAUUUUGACCUCAAACGGCUAAUCUCCCCACUCACAAAGUUACCCAAGCCGGCUCUCCCUUUAGCCGGCUCCGACAAAGCCACCAAGCCGGUUCUCUCCAACCAGCUUCUGGCUGGAUACCUGGCCCACGAGUACCUCACUCGUGGGACGCUGUUCGGCCAAACGUGGGACCCGGCACGACCGCCACCAACUGCCUCUGAAUCCAGUAGGGGAAUCGGAGAAGAUGUGGAUCUAAACGAGAGAUCCGUAGCCGAAAAAGUCGAACAGAAGCCGGAGCCGAGGGAGGAGAAGCGCCGAAGGUACGUUGAAGUGGCGAGCUUGCUGAAGAAAGAUGGGGCCCACAUACCGGGCAUCGUCAACCCGAGCCAGCUCGCUCGUUUCUUACAUAUGUGAGGUUGUUUUCUAACACGCGGAGACACCUCAUUGGCCAGCAUUUUCUUUAUCUUUUUUUAAUUUUUUAGAAGUAUUUUUAUCCUUUUUUUCCCCUCCGUCUUUCUGCCGGAGAAGUUCUCUGUGGAGUACGUAGCCUCAGCUCAACAUUUAGUUUUUUUUCCUCUUCCUUUUCAAAUCCGAAUGUAUGCACGAGAGAUUCAUGCAUACAUGCAUGUAAAUCUGAUGUUGUUUAGUGUAUGAUCUGAUUGAACAAUGCAAUAAAUUUCUGAAAAUUUUUGCAUUCA